CAGUUCAGUGAACCAUUUUUCCAAUACAAUAUAGUGAAAGGUUGUAUUAGCUAGCAAAAACAACAUCAAAGACACCGAUACAUGUGAAUCCAACCGAGUUAUUAACAAAUGAGAAAAUCGAUGACGAGAAUCGAUCAACGAAGUUAGGCCCUUAUGAUUCUGAACGUUUGAUCUAUGAAGCUUUCCCUCCAUCCAAUCCCAGUGAGUUCUGACUGCACUCAACUGGUGACAAAGCGUAAGAGAGCUCAGAGAAAAUGUCAAAUUCAUCACGCUCUGUAUGGUUCAGUCGGGCUCAAACGGUCAUGUCAAGCAGAUCAGCAUUUUUUUUCCUCAGCCGGAAUAGUUUGAUAAAAUUAAAUCUGUAGUUUCAGAAUUUCAAUCAAGAACCUCACCACGUAGAAGAAACGCACCCAAUUUGCUAUAGAUAUUGAACCUCCGGAUAAUCGAACCAAAGCGAUUGAUAAGAAGUUUCAAGCCUGGUUCACAAAAUCUCACCGGCUGAAUGGCUUGUUUUGCUCAUCUUCCUAAUGAGGUCCUCGAAAACGUGUUUCAGUAUCUAGAUUUCAAGAAUCGUAAGAACCUUUCCUUAGUUUGUAGUCGAUGGAAUUACGUUCUGUUGUCGGAACGAUAUCUGAGAAAGCAUGCUAUCUUGCAUAUUGAGGGUUGUCGCGUGCUGGACGGAAAGACACAAUUCAGAAGGGAAUAUGAAGCCUUAUCGAUUAAGUUGAAUCGACAGUAUUGCAAUGAAAUGGCGAAAAACCUUAGGUUGAUUUAUACCAUUUGUGCGAGUCCUGUGUAUCUAAGGGUAGAAAAUUUGUGUACAGAUCAAAGGUUUGGAUUGAUUUUUGAUACAGUUUACUUCAGUCAUGAAAAUAUAGAAAAUUUACAUUUGAUAGGAACAUGUAAGACGGAAAAAGGUUUCUUAUGCAGUACCUUAAACAAUCUUAAGGUGCUGAAAGUAGAAUCUAAUUACGUUGAAUAUUUUAGGUUGAUUGCGCCAAACUUGGUCGAAUUAUAUUUAUAUGUAUGCUCAGAAGAACACAUGGAUCUACUACCCCAAUUCGCCGACCAAUUGAAGAAACUAGAUAUAGUAUUUGAUAGCAAAGAUAUUUAUUACUUAUACAACUUAAAAUUUCCCCAUAUAACCGAUCUGUCGGUUGAUAGAAAAUUGAAAGGAAUGACCAAAAGUGAACAGGACAUCAGCAUCGCCUUCUAUAAGCGAUUUAAACAGCUUCAGAAGUUGAAGCUAUCUGUAAAGUUCAUCGACAGUUACGUAAUGCAAAUGAUUUCAACGAGCAUAUCAAAUUUGACCGAACUGACUUUGCAAGUAAUCGAAGGAACGAUCGAACUAUCGAACAUAAGUAAACUGGUGAACUUGGAGAAGUUGACCAUCGAAGCAGAGAAAGUAAACCUUCUAGAUGCCAAAUUUCCACGCUUGAAGCAGUUGCUUCUUGGUUCUGCGAAUUUUCGUACCGGUACUUAUGUGUAUGCCUUCGAAAGCCUUAUGGUUUUUAAUAAAAUGCGAGUGCUUGCUCUACACAACGUCAAGUUCUAUCCUGAAGUACUCAAACUAACCCCGUCGUAUAAUGUUGAAAAAUUGUUUAUAACGAAUUUCAAAAGGUUAGAAGAAACGCAUUUGCAGAUUCUUAUCAAACGAUUUCCCGCUAUAAGGUGGCUCAAAAUAGCGCAUUGUCCUGGUUUCACGCAGCGCGAAGUUGAAAAAAUCAAACGAAUGAAUCCCAAGAUGUGCGUUGCUUUCGAUGAAGUUUCCCAAGGACGUCUGUGAU